CUCGCGGUAUGUUAGUAUCACACGAGUGCUACAAUACGUCACGUGACAUUGUUUUCGUUCGAGUCAAACUCCCUCGAGUGCAAUGGCGAGAAAUGAGGAGAAGCAGCAAGGGAGAUUGAACAGACUUUGGCUUCAGAAAGAAAGAGAAGAGGGACGUCUCAAAGAUGUGCACGAGAAGAGACCCAAGCUGUCCACUCUCAACUCAGCUCCCUCUGUCAAAAAGUGGAUCCCCAGCAUCAAGAAUGAAAUAGAAUAUUAUUUGCAGCAAUCCCAGCUUUCUCAUUACCCAGAGAGGAAGAUAGCUGAGUUCCAGCUGCACAUUGAGGCUUUGGAAAAAGAAUACAAAAGCUUCAUCACCAAGCUACGAGUACUUGACCCUUCCUGCAAACAUAAGCCGUGGACUCCUCGAGCGUACUGCAAAAGAAGAGCAGAGACACCAGACUCUCCAGGCAUCGUUAAAAACCCUCGGUGCAGUGAGUCACACAAGAACAUCAGUCAAUGGAGUGGAGCUGAGAGUGACUUGGCCAGCAGUUGCACAGGAUGUCACAAAACCGCAUCCCUCGAGAGGCAGGGACAUCUCAGCUAUAUGGAGACCAGGUUUCAGACUUCUGUCUCCACCAACCCAAUGUCAGAAACCUCAGAGGCAGUCUGUGCAGACCAGAACCAGCCCCUGUCUUUUGACCAGACGCGACUGGCAGUGGCCGCUGCUGCGUUCAGAGGACCAUCAGGUCAGCUCAGCUCCUCUCAAACGCAGAGCCUAGCCAGGGUGCUGCAGUCCGGCCUGCCAAACCUCAGUAACUCUCGAUCAGGACAGAUAAUUUCAUCACAGAGCAGAGACGCAGAGAACGAUGACAGGACAACAGUGGGUUUGGCUGCUCUUGAGAAAGGUGCUGUCCAAGAAUGUAAGUCAGACUGUGAAACAGCAGAGAGGAUACAUGAGAAAUCAUCAAACACCAACACAACAGAGGAGAGGACUGGUCAUGUCCUGGGACUGGACUGUUACUCUUCCUCUGAUGAGGACUGUGAUACGUGAUAUUUUUAGAUCAGGAAAUGUAACAGUCUACAUUUUCUUCAUUUUCCAUUACAGUUAACUAUUUGAUAAAC